CGAUAGUUAAUUAUAGAAAUAAAUCAAACAAUAUUUUAAUAAAAACACACAUAAACCAGUGAACAGCUUGAAUCAGAAUCAAUAAUACACGAACGAUAAAAACUAAAAACUCAGUGACUGAAAAACUUAAGUGCCUACACUAAAAGAAAAAAACAUACAGUGUCAAAACUCAUGCUAACGAAAAGAAAAUAACAUUAAGAAAAAAUGGAUCCAGAAACUCGAAGCGAUUCGCCCACAGAAACCAGUCGACAGGAACACACAUCGAAAACCUCAUUUCUAAUCGAAGAUAUUUUAUACCGGAGCCAUGAAAAUAGAAAUUUUAAAACCCCGGACCAGAGAAGAUUUGACUACGAUAGAGACCCUAAACCUUUUUUCCCGGUACCUAACGAGAUGAGACCUCAGGUGCCAGGCAGAGAAGGGUCCUAUUUGCAAGUGGCUAUGGGGGCGUUAGGUGCAUAUCUGCACACACCAAAUACUUAUAAGGCUGUGGAGGCACCUUAUUUCCUGUCUCAAGGAGUGCCGUACCACGCGCUGUUCACGCCGUCCGAGCUCUCACUGUCCGCGCUCAAACACUGCCGCCGGCGGAAGGCCAGGACUGUCUUCUCCGAUCCACAGCUAACUGGUCUGGAGAAACGUUUCGAGUCACAGCGUUACCUGUCAACUCCUGAGCGCGUGGAGCUAGCUGGAGCCCUGAACCUGUCGGAGACUCAGGUCAAGACCUGGUUCCAGAACCGACGGAUGAAGCACAAGAAACAGAUGAGGAAACAACAGCAACAGAGAGGGGCAACAGCAGUAGACUUCACUACAAAACACGCAUCAACGCAUUCAGAGUGCCGCAAAGCAGAAAAUUCAAGAAUAUCGACAGAUUCGGACACGGAACACAGCGACAGUGAUAUCGAUAUCGUCGGUGAAACGAACUACGCACAACACUAUUCCGCUAAUAAUACGUAGAACUAUUAUUUAAUAUUAAUUAAUAAUAAGUAAUACGACAUGUCGUAGAAUAAUAAGUAAAUUAUUUUCUUGAUUUUUAUUUUAAUGUUUACUAGCUGACCCAGCGAACUUCAUACUGCCUUCGCAAUUCAAUUUGAACUGGAAUCUAUAAUAUCCUCCAUAUAAAAAUGAAUCCAUAAUUUCCUGGUCUCACUAUACCUGAAAAGGACUUUACUAAUUUAAUAAAAAACAAAAUAUAUUUUCAUAAUAGUGUUUAUUCCAUAGGAUUCAAUAAUUUCACUACUAUUUUUACUAAUCGCUAUUGAAGAACUUGGCAUUCAAACUCAAAUUCAAAUCAUUUAUUGCAUUCAUUCUAGAUGAUAAUUUUUAAGUAAACACUGAGUUAAAUACCACGCGCGCUCUUUAUCAAUUGUUGGCACAUUAAAACGUCCAGCAUUUUGUCCUGCAGGCGCCUUAUCGGCUCUGAUGACAAUUUUGUGAUUAUCUGAUGGCAUGCGGUCUAAUGCAUUUGUGAAUAAUGCAACUAAUUCAUUGUGUUGAUGGAAAAAUGUUUGAAGUUGUUCCACAAUGGAUCUUUUUACUGAGUUGUUAUAUGCGCAACGCUGAUCGACUUCUCUUGCUGAAUUGUCCAUAAAAUAUAUUUGCAAAAAUGUACAGUCUUCAACAGGCACUGGCAAUAAGGAACCUGUUUGAUGAUAUAUUUGAAUCCCUGAAUCUGCAAGAAUAUAAAUAUGUAUACAGGUAAUUGCAUAGCUAAUUGUACCACCAUGUGGCUCGCAAAAUACUGCCACAAUACUUUAUAUCAUUUCAAAUUAAAACUACUUUAAACCUCGACAUUAAACAGCCUUCCACGGCAGCUUUAGGUAGUAGGCUUUACCAAGAACAUCUUGCUCAUGCCACUAUAAAAUACAACAUGUUAUAAAAUGUUGCUGAUUAAGUCUUCGGAUUAUAGACUAUUAUUAUGUAUUUGACUUAUUGUUUACAAAAUAAACACAUCACUGACU